UUCUCUCUUUCUCAAAAUCUCUCUAGUAAGUCUCAAACUUUUCAAUUUCAAGUUUCAACUUUUCAACCCUAAUACUAAUACCUUGAAUUAGUAGUAACCAUGACAAGCCACAUUGAGAACCUUUGGGUGUUGGCCUUGGCCUCAAAAUGCACACAAGAGAACAUUGCAUGGUCACUUUUGAUCAUGGCCAUACUCAUAUGGCUAACCAUGUCCUUCUAUUACUGGUCUCACCCUGGUGGUCCUGCUUGGGGAAAGUACUAUUCCUACUUCUACUACUACCACCGUUACUGCUCUAGUUGGACAUCAAAAAAGACAUCAUUACCGACACAACCUCACCAAGAACAACAACGUUGCUUUUCAUCAAACGAGGAUAAAAAUAUGAUCCCUGGCCCCAAAGGAUACCCUAUUAUUGGGAGUAUGGCCCUUCUGUCUUCCCAACUAGCACACCAUCGCAUCCUCGCCGCUGCAAAGGCAUGCAACGCCACGAGGCUGAUGGCGUUCAGUUUGGGAGACACAAGGGCUAUAGUCACGUGCCAUCCUGAUGUGGCACGUGAGAUUCUUAAUGGGACGGUCUUUGCUGAUCGUCCCGUUAAGGAAUCAGCUUAUAGCCUCAUGUUCAACCGGGCCAUCGGGUUUGCGGCCCACGGCACUUAUUGGCGCACCCUCCGCCGCAUCGCCGCCACACACCUUUUCUCACCUAAACAAAUUAAGGCCUCGGAGAUUCAGAGAGCCGAAAUCGCCACAAAUAUGGCCGCCAGACUCGGCGGUGCUUGCGGUGGCGCCGCCGUCACGGUUCGUGAAGUGCUCAAAACGGCGUCGUUGAGCCACAUGAUGAGGUUGGUUUUUGGGUAUAAGAAAAACUUGGGAAUGGAAGGUGAGCUCAGAGGAUUAGUGGAAGAAGGAUAUGAUCUAUUGGGUACCCUUAACUGGGGGGAUCACUUGCCCUUCCUAAGGGACUUUGAUUUUCAGAGAAUCCGGUUCAGGUGUACGGAACUGGUUCCGAAGGUGAACCGGUUCGUUGGUUCGAUCAUCGAUGAACACCGAACCGACAAGAACAGGAACAGCGCCAACAAGGAUUUUGUUGAUGUCUUGCUCUCUCUCCAAGGACCCGAUAAGUUGUCUGAAUCCGACAUGAUUGCUGUUCUUUGGGAAAUGAUUUUUAGGGGAACCGACACCGUCUCGGUUUUGAUAGAGUGGAUACUAGCAAGGAUGGUCCUUCAUCCAGACGUGCAACGCAAGGUUCAGGAUGAGCUGGAUAUGGUGAUUGGCUCACGUGGCACUAUAACAGAGGAUGACAUGGCGGCAUUGGUGUACCUCCCGGCUGUGGUAAAGGAAGUUCUAAGGCUUCACCCUCCGGGUCCACUUCUUUCCUGGGCCCGGUUGGCCAUAACCGAUACCAUCGUUGAUGGAUAUCAUGUCCCCAAGGGGACUACGGCUAUGGUCAACAUGUGGGCUAUAGCUCGUGACCCGUCUGUAUGGAAGGACCCGCUUGAAUUUAAGCCCGAGAGGUUCGUUGAGAAUGAAGGAGGGGUUGAGUUUUCUGUUCUCGGGUCGGAUCUUAGACUUGCUCCUUUUGGGUCUGGUCGACGGGUUUGCCCCGGAAAAACCUUAGGUUUGGCUACUGUGAUGUUUUGGGUGGCAUCGCUCUUACACAAGUUUGAAUGGCUACCUUUAGAUGGAAUGGACGGUGUUGAUCUCUCCGAGGUAUUAAGGCUCUCUUGUGAAAUGGCUAAGCCUCUCACGGUUAAGGUUUGCCCUAGGCAUGUGUCUAAUGAUAUUAUUAAGGCUAAUUAUGAAAAUUAGAAAAAAGUAUGCUAAUCUUAAGUGGGAAAAUAUUAAGGAGGUAAGAGAAAAAAUGAG